AUGUCUUUCCACGGUAGGAACUCAUCCUCACACAAGGAGCCACAAGCUGAUGGCAGUCAAGCCAAAGACACCAACCUCGACCAAGCAUCAUCUGGACCGUCAGUGAUGAUGGGCGAAGAAUCAAAGGACAAAAACCCGACCGAAGGUAAACCAGCCAAGAAAAAGAGAGAACGAAAGCAUCGUCAAGGAUUUUACAAUCGUGAUCGGAGAAUAUAUGGAGUUCAGCGUGCGUUUGGAUUCUGGGAAGCUCCAGGUCGCGAAGGCGCAGAGCAAGAUGCAACAUCCAAUUCCGAAUGGGAUUCCGAUGCACCAUACCCUCCUCCACAGAUUAAGAAUUGCAACCUCCGCGACUACAACAUCCCUGUCAAUGAUAAGACUCCCAUGGAAAAUCUCGGACUAGAGAAAUUCAUACUUACAGCGACUAAAGAUAUCCUUACAAGCUCAUGCAUUUCUUGGUUGCGAAAAUAUCAUCCUAAUUUGGUAGCUAAGGAAGGAUGGGGUGAUCGCGGAAAAAGUUCUUUGGAGCUGUACCAUGAAAUGUUCGAAUCUUCGGCUGAGAUAAAAGAUAACACUUUACAACUCGUCGAAGGAGAGACUGCAGAAACCUUCCUCACACUUCUCAAGAAAGUGCGACAGAUUAGACACUGUGUCUUUCGUCGCGGCCGUUGCAUCGAUAUGCCCAUCAUCAUCGUCGAACUCAUGCUACAGGGUGCGAUACGACUUACGAGAAUGGUAGGAGGAACAGAGAGCCUGUCGAUGCUAGAGAAGUUCCGCAGUCGACUUGCUCGGGAGAUGGCUUUGAAUGAGGAUGUAAAGGUUGCAUCGGACAGAUUAAAGCCAAUGUUUAAGAAAGAAGAACUUGAUAUGGAUAAUGAGAUUCAGGUUCGCGUGAUUAGAGCAGAGCGAGUUAAGCUUGAUGAUGCUAUUGCGCAGAAGAAGCGCAGACUUGAGGUUAUUGAUAAUCAGUUUGCGGAUGAAGUGGAGAGUGGGCUCUAG